GAAAUCUUACACUGGUCUCCAAACCAUGAUGCUUGUUUCAGUUCUUGGCUUAUGUAAUUAUCUGUAUGGAUUCCAGUUUUGUAAUUUGUUCUGCAAUAUUAAUGAUGCUAAAAAACUCAAGCAUCUGUUCAUAUCUUGAAGAUGUGCAGAAGCCUGAAGGGCUUCAGUUAGAUACAAUUUAACUUUUGUGUGGUAGUUCCCCUCUUUUGCCAGACGAAAAUUAAAACUUUACUGGUUUGUUUACUAUGCUUGACUUGACUAUAUUUUCCCCAUAUCUGGGUUUGUUCAUUGUCCGUAAUUGUGAUUGAUCUUUUUAUGUCAGUCAUUUAUUAAGAAGCUAUACAGGACCUUAAUUGAUUAUUUGCAGAGAAAGACAGCCAGGGUCUAGACAUUGCAAAUUCAGUGUAGGCUGUACACUGUAGAAUACAGGUGUACCAUGUACCUCUUGAUGUUCCAAUGAUGUUGUUUUGUUGAUUAUUUAGGUCCCGGUGUUGAAGUGCCUAUGGUGUUUGUGAUUAUGCCUGAAAUAAUUGUCAUGGGUAGAGAAAGGCUACUGUUGCUUUGUUUAGGUGUUCCUGAUGUUGAUAAAAGACAGCAUGUUAGUGGAUCAGAUCUUUCUAGACAAUGCCAUUUAGGCUAGAAAACAUUUGGAGAAAGGCUAUUACCGACUUACCGUGGAUAAUCCUUUUUAUCUGCUCACAAGUGACAAAGUUUAAUCUGUUACAAUGGACAGUUCAUUUUAGGAUGUAGAGUAUAGCUUAUUUAUGAUUAGCUAAUGAAUUGUAAUGAAAGAACUUUAGUAACUUUCUUCCCCAUGCAAAGAUUACAGUACUGUAGUAUGUAAUUUACCUAUAGGAUGUGCUUGUUUAUGUAUGUUUGAUAGCAUCCUCCUUGUGGCCAUUUCAGCAUAUUUCCCUUUUCUCAUUUUGUUUCCUAAGUGAAGUCCAAAAGGAAAGGCUGCACAUAUGGACAAUUUUGUACUGACUUGUUGAGAUCCUCUGUUUGAUGGCAACAUCAUCCUUUUUGGCCAUUUUAUCAUAUUUCCCUUUCUCAUUUUUUCUAAAGUGAAAUCCAGAAAGAAAGGCCGUCUGUAGCAUAUGGACAAUUUUGUCCUCGCUUGUUGUUAUCCUCUCCAAAAGAAAAAGAUCACAGUGCGCAUGUUUUGGCCCACUUAGACCUAUGCAUGAGAUGGCCUGGACAGGUCAGGUUUGGGAAUGCACAUUAUGUGCAAUGAUUUAGUGCAAAUAUAAAAUCAUGCAUACCAUAGCAACAAUCAUUCUGUAGUUCACAAUCUCUGAAUGUUCUGAGUAAAUGUACUAGUAUACUGUGACAAUGCAUUUUAGGUUCAAUAUGCAGUAUGUUAGAUGUGGAUGAUAUCUGGAUAACCUAGAAUUUCUCUGUCAACACUUCAUUAGGAAUGGGAACAAAAGUUGAGGGCGAGACCUAUAUUCCAGGAUACUUCGACAUGGCAGAUUCUAGUGUAAACUCUAAUGGCAAUGCACUGCCAUACUACAAGGAGAACAAACCAAAUGUGCAUCUUAGUGACAAGUUCACAAUAACAUCUCCAAAUGGAUCUGUACAUUAUGACAAGGAAAUGCUAAAGCGGACAAUGCUUGUACAUGAAGCUACAUUCCGGAAACAGGUGUAUGAACUUCACCGUCUUUACAGAACUCAGAAGGAAAUAAUGGCACAGUUCCAAAGAGAAGAGUUCAAGGGUUGUCCUAGAUAUGCAGAGGCAUUGCAGCCAAGAUCCUCUGCAUCACAGAUACUACUUGAGGAUGUUAAACGAGUGCGCCAAACUGCAACUCCUAUUUCUGGACACGAUCUUAAGCAAUCAUCCAUCAAUUUGAUUAACGAAAGUAGUUCACAAUUUAGUGUGAGUGGAGCUCCUUUGAGGCAUAGCAAUGUUAGGUCUCAAAAGAAAAUGUUGGACCUUCAGCUUCCGGCAGAUGUGUAUGCUGAUGAUGAUGACGAAGUGGAGAUCCUGGAAGUGAGGCCUUCGAAACGUUCCCCAUGGGUUAGUGGUUCUGUUCUGGGUCGAAAUGUCAAUCUCAACCUUGAAAAUAGUGAGGGCUCUUCACAUGUGGAGAAGAGUUGGAUCACUGAUACACAGGCUCAUCACAGCUCAGCUGCACAUAUACUGAAUAAACCAGUUGAAGAAUCAUCUAGUAUGAAAAUAACAGAUUUUCUUGGUGUGGGAACAUCUGCUUCUCAGAACCAGCAUUAUGUAUCACAGGGAGUGAACCUGAACCUCCUAAGCUCGGAAGGAAAAUUAAAAGAAAAAUGUGUUGGUAAAAUAUCUUCCUCUAGGUUCUUUGGUGCAAAUGAGGAUAUAAGGCAUAGUAAUUCAUUCCAACAGAGAAAGGAUGACUCCAAUGCUAACAUGGGAUGGUACAACCAAAAUCGUACUGGUUCCUCAAUGGGGCAUUACUCGCCUAGUGCUAGAACCUUCAAUCAUCUGAUCUUUGCACCGCCUAGCUUCAAUCACGCACUGAAUCCUCCAUGGCAAAUCAACAGCACAAGCUACUUGACUAAGAGUCAUUAUGGUGCUGCUGAAACAUCCACUGCUAAGCAUGCUCUUUCCAGUGGGUUCUCAGUGGAUUGUACUCCAAAUGCACCAUAUCAUCAUUCAUUGAAGAUUCAUGAAGAGGCACAACAUCGAAAGCUCCCUCCACUCCAUCAUAACCUGAAGGAUAUAGAUCUGAAUGAUGCGCCAGUAGAUACCGCCGCUACUUGGGAACAGGGAAGUGAGAAGUCAAUGGUUGAUAUCUCUUGGAAACAGGUAAGCCUGAUGAAGUCAGAAGUCCCAUCAAGUUAUGCAAAUUGCCAUUACCAGAUAUUGCCCAGUCCCACGUUUAAUUCACAAAAUAAAACUCCCACAAGAGUCCCCACCUUUCCCAACAGUGUUGGCACUGAAAAAGAUUCUCGGUGCUCACCCACUCUUCAGUAUGACCUAAACGUUGGACCAUUGAUUAAGUGUGAACCUGACAUGGAAAUGCAACCCCAGAGGGAGGAAGCUGACAGAGAUUUUAGGAAUCUCAUUGACCUGAAUGAACCAUUGCCAAUCAUGGAUGAUCCAGAGAUAGAUGCUUGUGAAUCAGGUGAACUUGUUCCUCACGAAAGCGAUGAUCCCUUAAGGGAUUCUCUUGCUAUAACCGCAGCAGAGAGUCUGGUAGCAAUGUGUAAUGUUGUCGUUCAGCCAGGAUCCCCUCAACCUGACACUUUGCAUUGGCUCGCUGACCUAGCUGCAUCCAAAGAGAACACAAUGUUUGACAAGGACAGCGAUGAUGACUUUGAGGCUUUGACACUGAAGCUGCAAGAAACCAAAAGCACCGAGCACCAUUCAACACCAAGAGCCACCCAGAAGGAUAACUGUGACAAUGGCCAUUGCUCUGCAGCUUCACUGCUGACCCCAAAACCUCAGAGAGGCAAAGGGCGAGGACGCCGUAAGAGGAAAGACUUUCAGAGGGACAUCUUGCCAUGCCUUGCGUUGUUGCCGAAGCACGAGGUGUCAGAGGAUCUUCGUGCACUCGGAAGGCCAAAGCCAGUGACCCCAAUGAAGGGAGGAGGCCGGGGCGGGCAGCAGCCGAGGGGGAGGCGCCGGGCAAGAAGCAUGGCUGUCGCCAUGGAGGUGGAGGAAGUCGAGGUCAGCCCACCGCCAGGGUUACCACCACUUGCCCCUGCUGACUUGGACGCCGAUGCACUGGGCAUAACCAGGUGGGGAAGGACCACCAGACGCUGUCGAAGGCCAAGAUGUCCGCCGGCGAACAAUGCGUCGUUGCAUGUAGCCUGAGUUUUAGGUGUCUUAGCUGAUGAGGAUUGGUCAGAAACUGUGUUUUUCUUCCUGACGAGUUGCAGAGAAAUUGAGAAAUUAGUAGGUUAAAAGUAGCCAGUCAUAAUUGUACAUGCUUCUCAGCACUAAUUUGGCUCCGGAAACCUUCAUUGGAUCAAAUUAUCAAAACAUCUUGUACAUCUCUUUGAAAUGAACUCUAAUCCUAGAAAGAAAUGCACAUGGAGAAUUAGCCUUUCUACCA